AUGCCGGUUGCUCUCAAGAAAUACGUCACGGAAGCUGAAGCACACAUAGCGAUGGACGAAAUCACGCACGCCCUGAGCUUCUUGCAACUUGUCGUCUGGCCCCUCAUGCAAGCCGUCGGUGUAGACAAGGUUGUGCCAGGCUCCACGCGUGUAUACCGGCCCAGGCUUGGAAAGGGCGUGACGCGCGGGUCGCAUAACCCAAAAGGGUCUAAGUGGUGCGGCGGCAUUUUAACUCCCCCACGCCUGAGACGGGGUGGAGAUUGGGGAUGGAGACGGGCCCAGAACGGCAGGCUCGCACCGAAAAAAAAAUAUAUUCUUUACGAAGAGGUUAUGCUCGGAAGCAUCACCACGGCAAAGCGCCUCUAA